AUGGAAGCCAAAUCGAAUUUGGUACUUCUCCGGGGAAAAGUAGAGUUCGACCUGACUUCUCGGAUAGUCGCUGAAAAUAUAGCUGCUGACACAAAUGAAGCCUUUCAUGCUCAUGAUUAUACUGAAACUCAAUCUUCAGCACGAAUUGCGCAUCAUUGA